AUGUCCUGUGCUGGUAAUUCGUCUGAAAUCUGCGGAGGUACUUGGCUAGUUGACAUAUACCAGAUUUCCAAUCCAAGUGCCAACCCAGUUCCUCUUUCGGGAUCUACGAAGCCUAAUUGCACGGUUGAUCCUUUGUGCAGCAAUCCGGUUUGUGAUACUUCUCUCGAUCCUCUCACCCGUGCAAAAGGGCUUGUUGAUGCCAUGACCUUUGACGAAAAGGUCCAAAACACUCAGAACGGAUCUCCUGGUGCAAUCCGUCUUGGUCUACCUGCAUAUCAAUGGUGGAGCGAGGCUUUACAUGGCGUCGCAGGCUCUCCAGGUGUCACCUUCCAGCCCUCCGGCAACUUCAGCUAUGCUACCUCCUUCCCACAGCCCAUCCUCAUGUCUGCUGCCUUUGAUGACGCCCUGAUCAAGAAAGUGGGAACUGUCGUUAGCAUCGAAGGCCGCGCUUUCAACAAUUAUGGCAAUGCUGGCCUAGAUUUCUGGACUCCCAACAUCAAUCCAUUCAGAGAUCCACGCUGGGGUAGAGGUCAAGAGACACCCGGAGAGGAUCCAUUCCACAUUGCUCGUUACGUAUACAAUCUGGUUGACGGCUUGCAAAAUGGAAUCGGGCCUGCCAACCCGCGAGUCGUGGCGACUUGCAAACACUUUGCUGGAUACGACAUUGAGGACUGGGAGGGAAAUGAACGCUACGGCUUCAACGCAAUCAUUUCCACACAAGACUUGUCGGAGUAUUAUCUGCCUCCCUUCAAAAGCUGCGCGCGUGAUGCACAAGUUGAUGCCAUCAUGUGUAGCUAUAAUGCUGUCAAUGGCAUUCCAACGUGCGCCGACAGCUAUCUGUUGGACACUAUUCUUCGUGAUCAUUGGAACUGGAAUCAAACUGGACAUUGGGUGACCUCUGAUUGCGAUGCAAUUGGCAAUAUCUAUUCCGACCAUCACUACACUAGUUCCGCUGCUGCAGCUGCGGCCGACGCUCUGAAUGCCGGUACAAAUCUCGAUUGUGGCACCACAAUGUCAAACAAUCUCGGAGCAGCCGCCGCUCAAGACCUGUUCCAGAACGCCACUCUGGAUUCCGCUUUGAUUUAUUUGUAUUCUUCUCUGGUCCGCCUUGGAUGGUUCGACUCAGAAGAGUCACAGUAUCGCACACUGGGAUGGUCCGAUGUCGGUACCCCAGCGUCCCAGCAACUGGCCAACCAGGCUGCUGUCGAGGGUAUUGUGCUCUUGAAAAAUGACCGCAAAGAAGUUCUACCACUCUCUCGCCAUGGUCAGACUGUUGCAUUGAUUGGACCCUACGCCAAUGCUACCACUCAGCUGCAAGGAAAUUAUUACGGCACUCCAGAAUACAUCCGAACCAUGGUAUGGGGUGCUCAGCAGAUGGGAUUUAAUGUUCAAUAUCAGGAAGGCACUGCAAUAAACUCGACUGACACGACUGGCUUUGCUGCUGCUCUGGCUGCAGCCAAGGCAGCAGAUAUCAUCAUCUAUGCUGGCGGUAUUGACAACUCAAUCGAAGCUGAAGGCGACGACCGAGACUCAAUCGCCUGGCCUGGUAACCAGCUUCAGCUCAUUGAUGAGCUUUCUCAAGUCGGAAAGCCAUUUGUCGUCUUGCAAUUCGGUGGUGGUCAAGUAGACGACUCAGCGCUUCUGCAAAACAAUAAUGUGAAUGCGCUGUUAUGGUGCGGCUACCCUAGUCAAGUCGGUGGCCAGGCAGUGUUUGACAUCCUUACGGGUCAGUCUGCUCCUGCGGGACGACUGCCGGUCACACAAUAUCCAGCCAACUAUACUAGCGAGAUACCCAUGACCGAUAUGGCUCUGCGCCCGAACGGAAUGGCCCCUGGGCGUACCUAUCGUUGGUACAACAACGCUGUGAUACCCUUCGGCUUCGGCUUGCACUAUACUACCUUUGAUGUCUCCUGGGUGAAAACGGAGAUGGGCCCCUACAACACCGCAGCCCUCCUUGCGCAUGCAGGCAAAUCAAAGUACCAAGACACUGCUCCCUUUGACACUUUCCAAGUCAAAGUGAAGAACACCGGAAAAGUUACAUCUGACUAUGUUGCAUUGGUCUUCUCUUCCACUAGCAACGCUGGCCCUAAGCCGUAUCCUAUCAAAACGCUGGUAGGCUACGCGCGAGCUUUUGCUGUCAAGUCGGGAGAGACUCGAACAGUCGGCAUUGACGUGACCCUUGGCUCCAUGGCACGCACUGCUGCUAACGGAGAUCUGGUGCUGUACCCUGGCUCGUAUACUUUGGAACUGGAUGUGGAUCAACAUUUCCCACAUGCUGAGUUGACAAUUCAUGGACCUGAGAAGGUUCUGGACUCGUUCCCGCAGCCUCCUUCGUCUUGA